AUGAAAAUUCAGCUGAAGAAGGUGCUGGUGCGCAUUCUCCUCAUGCUUUUACAAGUACUUCACAGGAGCCUUUGCUUUAACUUCUUCCACAUUGAUCGAAAUGCCACCACCAAUUUAUUGGCAGACACGAAUCAGUACGACUGCAAACCCGAUCAGACCGUGUUCAAUCCUACACCUUGCUUUGCUGGGGAUGUCAAGGUGAACCUUGUGGUUGAUGAGGGCGAGACUGCGGAACUUAGGUGUUUCGUGUACAAUGUCGACUCCUCAAAAACCCUGGUUUCUUGGUGGAAGGAGCGGGAGUUACAGGAAAUUUCACUCGGUCUGACAACCCAAAGCAAGCGCUUUUAUCUGCCUCGUCGAUUUUAUGAGGAUUGGACGCUUAUUAUUAAGAAAGUUCAACCCAAAGAUGCUGGCAGGUAUUCUUGCCAAAUUAACUCCGAAUCCGUUCUCGAGAAAAUGUUCAACCUCAAAGUCAUUGGUAAAUUCAAAGAGCUCAAUGCUCCUUGA